AUGGUUGACUCCGACUCAGACAUUUUGAAUGCAAUUGAAGGAAUUGCAAGUGUCAAGUUCGAAUGGUACCAACCUAACCCUCAAGCAGUCAGACAACAUGCUGGAUACUUCCCGUUCAUAAAUAAGUCUGACAUUGACUUGACAAGGUAUGGAAUUUACAAUUCAAUUGAAACAAUUGUCAAUGAACCUUGUAUUCUUACAUGUCUCAGGAACUCUGGUCUUGUUACAGAUGAGAAGAUGAAGUAUCUUGAGUCAUGUGUGAAGACAAGGUACAUUCUCAGAGGUCAAUUGGCAAAAAUUGCACCGUUGGCAAAUGUCAAUAUCCGAGUCAACAUACCUACAGCUAAAGGUUCUUCACAUGACGACUAUGUUGUUGAGUUCAAUUUACCAUGGUUGAAGAUUGUAAUUGUCCACAACCACUUCAUGUUGAACGAAAGUCUUACAAACCCAUUGUUCGGAAAAGGCAAGUGCAACAUUGUCAGAGCUGUAAACAUUCUUUUCGAGAAAG